AUGAACCUCCUAGCGGUCAAGAAGGAGUUCGGGAUCAACGGCAAAAGAAUCAAACACCGGUCAUGGAUGAGGAAAGCGGCCGACAUAGUGGUGAUGUCUGACACGAGAAUCAAAGAAGACCACAAUUUCUGGACUCAAUUAAAAGCAACGGCGUGUGCAACGGCAAGUACAGACAAGGGAGCAGGAGGGGUGGCGAUUGUCUCCUUCUGGAGGCACAUCCGUUUUAAAGAUGUCACAGCUCAUCCCACAGGACGGCUGCUGGGAGUUACAGUAGAGGGAGGCGAGACGGAGUUCAGGUUGGUAGCGGCAUAUCUUCCAGCGCAACCGGGCAGUCGGACGAAAUUUCACACAGAGCAUUUAUUACCUUUCACGAAAGCCCCAGAACAAGCAGCGGCGUCACACCUGGUGCUCGUAGGUGACUUCAAUAUCACGGCGGACCCGGAUCUGGACAGGUCAACGGGGGCGGGAUCGAAUAAGGAGAAUCAGAGACUGCUGGACGCAUGGCCGGGGCACGAUCUUAAGGACGCGUUCAGGGUGCUGAACCCAGAGCUGCGAGAAUUCACCUUCCAUGCGAGGCCGUCGGGCACGAAAACCAGGAUCGACAGGGCACUGGUGUCGACCUCGCUCCUGGGACAGUUGACGGCAGCGGAGCAUGUGAGGGUGCCGCCGAAGCUCUCCGACCACCGCUUUGCCAUACACGUGAGCCUCAAGAUUGGGUCGGAGCAGAGAUGCGGGUCGGGGAUCUGGAGGUUUCAAGCAACGCGAGCAAACAGGAGGGGGGUAAGAGAGGUGAUUAAGAGGAUCAUGGGGGGUCCGACGGGGAGAAGCCGGACACUGGAGAGCAACCUACCGCGGUUGAGCGCAGCUCUGAGAGCGCAUGAGAAGGAAGAGUGGAAGAGAACGACGGCCACGAAAAAACACCUGGUGGCAGAGGUGACAAGGCUGAAUCACCUGGUCAUGGCGGGGCCCACGGAUGCAAGCACGAAGGAGAGGCUGCUGGCGAAGGAGGCACAGUUGGAGGGGUACGAAGAGAGCGAAAGGGAAAGGAUGCAGGUACUAGCGGGCAUGGAUCUGGAGUUACACAGUGAAAUCCCGUCGCCGUACCUCUCUGCCAAGGUCAAGAUAAGGAAGGAGAGGACGCUGAUCAAAGAGGUGGUACACAAGGGGGAGCGGUUUUAUGGUUCGCAAGAGGUGCUAAAGGCAGCAGCUGCGCAUUUCAAGGAGGCUUUCAGCGAGCAGACAGGGACAUGGCAGCAGGAGAAUGGAGCGGUAGAGGUCGCGAAGCGAUUACCAGAGGAGGCGACGAACAGGCUCGGCGCCCCAUGGACGGCGGAGGAGGUAAAGGAGGCAUUGGUAGGCUUACCGAGGGGGAAGUCGCCGAGGAGAGACGGGCUUCCACCGGAGCUGUUCAAGGAACAUUGGAACCUGCUGGGAGCCCCACUGGUGGAUUUCGCGAAGAGAUUUGAGGAGUCCGCAAACCUGGAGGAGUCCAUCACUACGGCGGUCACAGUUUUACUGCACAAAAAGGGACCGAAGGAUCACUUAGGGAAUUACAGACCUAUUACGCUACUGAACACGGUGUACAAGGUGCAGGCAAAACUACUGGCGAAUAGGCUGAAGAAAGAACUGCACCUGGUGAUCUCGGAGGGACAACAUGGCUUUAUUCCGGGCAGGUGCCUGGCGGACGCGGUGUCGGUGGUGGCGGAUGCGGUUGAGGCGGCGGGGAACGGAGGGAAAGACUGGUACCUCCUCAUGGUCGAUUUCCAGAAGGCGUAUGACACAAUAGCGAGACCGUACCUGUUCGAAACUCUCCGCAAGCUCGGGGCACCGGAACAGUUCGUGAAGUGGACGGAAGGGCUGCAUCGAGGCUCCGGCACGACGAUAGCGAUAAACGGUUGGAUCGGGGACCAGGUGGAGAUGCAGAGGGGGGUGCGACAAGGAUGUCCUCUGGCCCCAUACCUCUUCUUGUGCGCCCUGGAGCCGCUCUGCUUGGAAAUCAGGAGGAAAGGGCUAGGGGUGAAGCCGGAGGGGGGAGAAGAGCUUACGUACGUAGGCUAUGCCGACGACACGACACUAAUACUCAAAGGGGAGGACCAGCUGAGAUCAGCGGCGGAGGUAUUGGAAAGGUUUGGGGACCUGUCGGGGCUACGGACAAACAAAGGGAAGUCGGUGGUGAUCCCGCUGGGGAGGAACAGAGGGAAGCAGUCAGCGGAGGGGGUGGAUUUCAAAUGGGCUGAGGACGGAGUGCCAGAGCGGCUUCUGGGCAUCUGGAUCUCAGCAGACGGCGACGGCGGACCAUCCUGGGAAAAGGCAUGGGAGCGCGGGAAAGGGGAGUUAGUCAAAUGGGAAAGCCAUCACCUCCUCACGGCGGCAAGAGUGACGGUGAUCAACGCAUACAUAAUGCCGAUUUUCAUUUUCCAGGUGCAAGUAUACCCACCGCCGGAGGAGUUGUGGAAGCGGAUACAAAAAACGUGUGACAAUUACGUCUCGAGUGGGCAGGCCACGGCGGACAAGCUUUUCGUUUUGUGGAGCGGGGAGCUGGCCCGAUUACCCAAGAAGGACGGGGGGCUAGGUCUGGUUGACCCCAAGGCGAGAGUUGACAGUAUGGCAAUCCGGAUGGUGGCGAAGAUGCUUGCGGAGGGAGGAAGCACCAAGCGGUGGCUUGCAGAAAAGGCAGCGGCGCUGCCGCAAGGCGAAGCGACUUUUUUCGCUGACCCGUCAGCGGCGAAGCACUGGCCAGGAGGGAGCCAACGGUGGAAGGCAGCGGUCGAGGCUUUCUGGGAGUCUCCAUACGCGGAUGUUCCGGGGCCGGGGAACACGUGGGAGGCCAGUCAGGAGAAGCUGUGUUUCAACCGCCGCGUCAUGUUCAGAGGGAAAAGCCCGUAUGGGAACCAGCAGGGGACGGAGAAAAUUCACACGGCAAAACUCGAGGAUCUGAUCGAGGAGGGGCCGGGAGGAGAACGGAGGAUUAAGAGUAAAGAGACUCUCACGACGGAGCUGGGGAGCGUAGCGGCGGCAAGGUGGGCGCUGAUGGCAUAUGCGGCAACGCCGAAUGAGUGGAAGGUGCUACUAGCGGCGAGCAAAACAGUGACAAAAGUGGUAGAAGGUGCAAAAACAGUGAGGACGUACCUCCCCAGGACAGAAGACUACCUGUACUGGGAGGUGAACGGGGUAACAGACGGGAAAGUGGCGGUGACGAGCCUGAGGGAAACGGAGGGAGCGAGGCUGCAGAAAAGGGAGCGGCCGAUCACGGCGCUCUUCAGGGUGACAAGUGUGGAGCCGGUGGUCACCAAGGGAGGCAGAGUACUGGGGGUGAUGGGCGCGCCGGUGACGAAGCUGAGACAUGGUACAGCCAGUAAUCGACGCGCUGCUGAGGUUACUGCGGCUCUUGGACCAAUCGAACACUCCAGCCUCGUUGGGGGACGUACUGUUCGGAGAAGGUGGAACACGGUCGGGGUUUCCAGCAACGACGCUGGUGGCAACGACUUUCCGCCACAUCUGGCUGGCGAGGUGCGGCAUGGUGUGGAGAGGGGAGGCGUUUCAGCGGAAGAAGGUGGCGAGGGGGGAAAUCCGGGAUUUUGUACUACAUGCACGAAUCUAUCGCACGGAGAUGACGCGCAAGGCACGGAAGAGGGGUACAGCAAAGCAGGGGAAGGACCCGUGGCGGGAUCUGGGCGCGGAUGA